AUGGAAAAGCGUCUCAACUGGCUGCGAAAGUUACAACUUGAUAACAAAGACAAGAAGGGCAGUGGCGUAAUUCGCGCCUCUGAUAUUGGCAACCGGCCAACGCAAUUGCGUGUCAAAUUUUUUAAUAUGAAAGUACCGGGUAUACCUAAACUCUGUCCAUUUCGCGCCACUAUAGUACCUGUUUUCUUCUACUUUUGGGAUUUUUAA